CGUGGUGUCCCCUCGGGGCAGGUGGUACUGGGUCUCACCUUGACCAUCGUCAAGGGCCCGGCUAGAGGCGCACCGCAGGAUCCACGAGCUGCUGGGAGGGGGCUGGAGAAAAAAGAGCCGCGUCGCGUGGCCUCCAGCGGCGACAUAUAAGUCCCAGGAACAGCCCCCACCCAUCGUCAAACGGCCCCUGUACGGCAACCGUGGCUGAUACACCUACGACCCACCUUUAUCGGCAUCGUUUGCGUUUCUGCUCUCGUCCGAGGAGCUUCUAAUCCGCGGCUCUUCCAUCCGAAAGUUUCAACCCCCGAGCUUCGUCGAGCGGAUUCGCCGAACGGCUUCGUCGGGACCCAAGUGGAAAAUCGGCGAUCGGUGAUCGAGCAGUGCCCGGACCUCUCUUGGAACGGAUUAGAGCAUCAUGAGGAUCACAAGCCUGCUGGUCCUUGUCUUCGCGGUGCUGGCAGCAUGCUCGGCACAGGACUAUAGUCAGCUGUUCGCUGGAUUCGGCCCAUACCUGAGGCAAAGCGCGGGGAUGCGAGAUCCACGAUCGAACAGGGGUCCAGUGCUGUUCCCGCCUGGCCCGCCGCCGAACAGCGCCGACACGAGCGGAGUGGUCGCGGGCGCGAGCGGAUACGGAUUCGUGCCACCCAACCAAGCAUUUUACAGGUUCUUCUACUAUUAACCGGUAGCCUGAGGGAGUGGGUGGGGGUGGACCCGAAAGCCACGAACGUCAUGUCCACCGCGACACUGAUCGGGAAAGGGUGCAGCGGCUCCGAAGAUUCCUUGAAGAGUCUGCAUUAAUUGCCAGAUUCGCUCGGAGCCACGGAGACGGAUCUAGGAAGAACGUGUAUACGUUGUUCAGCGCGACGCGAGUGCCAACAGCGCGCGAACACUCUUCGGCAGUAUUUAUGUAGACAGCUAAAUAGAUUUCUAAUGUAUAUUAAUACAGAAUAGCGAUAUAGAAAGUGAGCGUGAUUACCUCACUAGAGUAAAUCGAUAGAACUGGCAAGAUUAUCGAUUGACAACCGUGAGACUCGGAUUUGCGUCGGCAAAUCUGAUUCUUCUUAUAUCUACCAUCGAUCGUUGCGUAUACACUGAUUGUUGCCAAUAGACUGCGGAUCUGUGAACAUUUAUCUGGAAUUGCGUAGGGAAUUGCACGUAGGAAACUGCACGGAAUUGCACAGUCUGAUCACCGCUGUUACAAAUCACCGCUGACAAUUGGUUCUACCGAAUAACCGGUGUCAGGAGAGCUCGAUUUCGAUGUCUUCAGUAUUACUGCCAGUUCAUUGUUGUUUAAUAAUUUCUCAACGACGCAAGUCGUCCGUAACACAUACUAAUAUUAUUAGCGAACCGAUCGAUUCUCGUUGAUUUAAACUGCGUCACGUGUAAUGCAAUGUUGCACCGUUUGUCGAUCGAUUCGAGGAGAUCGGGCUCGAAAGAAACUGAAAUUCCGUUCGACCGAGAAUCGCUGAACUAUUAAAAGCCGGCAUUCCGCGACGUAAUGCGUCGGAAACGCAGAACGAUUCGCAGUUUGACCGCGACCGGUCGAAUCGAUCCGCGUGCAAAACGAUCGCAGGAAAGCCCGCGAUCGGAGAUUUGUUUUCGCGAUUCGCUCCGACGACGAUCAUUUUUGAACCGUCGCCGCCGCGUAUCGAUCGCCGUCGUUCGGGGAUCUAUUCGAAAUCGGCCGCGCGUACGCGUGGCCGACCCGUCGAUCCUGAUCGCGACGUAAGGAACGAUAUCUUCGAAGGCUCGCCACCGCGUUUCCGUAACGCGAUCGCGAUUUCCCAAGCGCGAGCCGUCUUUCACGCGUGCCUGAGCACUGCUGUCGUAUCGUAUCUCGAUCGAUCGCGAUCAUGCGUCGCUGCCUCUGCCGGCGGCGCACUUGAAAAUCAUCGAGCUGACGGAUCCAGGAGGGCGCGCGCGAUUUUCGCGAAACGCCGCCGUCCGACGCGAUCGAGAUCGAUCGCGAACCGAUCUUUAAUUAGUUCGUAGUACAUGUUUCGAUCGCAAUUGUACAUAACACUGGUGCAAUAAAUUCAUUGUUGUUAAAAA